UUCCUCAUGUAUCAUCAUCAUCCCAUGGACUGACUUGUUUGUUGUCGAGCAAGAUGGAGUUCCUUCUGGGAAAUCCUUACAGUACCCCAGUGGGGCAUUGCAUUGAGAGAGCCACUGAUGGCUCUCUGCAAAACGAAGACUGGACCCUUAACAUGGAAAUAUGUGAUAUCAUUAAUGAAACAGAGGAUGGGCCAAAGGAUGCCAUUAGAGCAGUGAAGAAGAGGCUGAAUGGCAACAGGAACUACAGGGAAGUCAUGUUGGCUUUAACGGUCCUGGAGACGGGUGUGAAGAACUGCGGCCAUCGUUUUCAUGCGUUGGUCACUAGCAGGGACUUCAUUGAUGGUGUGCUCGUUAAAAUAAUCUCCCCUAAAAACAAUCCACCGACAAUCGUUCAAGAUAAAGUGCUCGCCCUGAUUCAGGCAUGGGCUGAUGCGUUCAGGAGCAGUCCGGACCUUACAGGCGUGGUCCAAAUCUAUGAGGAGCUAAAGAGGAAAGGCAUCGAGUUCCCCAUGUCAGAACUGGAGACCCUGUCACCUAUACGCACACCUCAGCGGUUGGCAUCAGCUCCAGAGGGCGACUCCACCUUACAAAAGUUCAGCACCCCUCCCCAGCCCCCACCACAGGCUGCUUUCCCACCACAAGCUGCUUUCCCACCACAGGCUGCUUUCCCACCACAGGCUGCUUUCCCACCAGCCUACACCACCCCUCAGGUCCCCGACAUUCAUGCCUCUGGAUCCAUCAACCCUACACCUGAUCAGAUUUGCCGGCUGCGCAGCGAGCUGGACGUUGUGCGUGGCAACACGAAGGUGAUGUCAGAGAUGUUGACUGAGAUGGUCCCGGGACAGGAGGAUGCUUCAGACUAUGAGUUGUUACAGGAGCUGAACAGGACUUGUAGAUCCAUGCAGCAGAGGAUAAUGGAGCUCAUCUCCUGUGUUUCCAGUGAGGCAGUGACUGAGGAGCUGCUGCAUGUCAACGAUGACCUCAAUAACAUUUUCCUUCGCUACGAAAGGUACGAGAGGUUUAGGUCUGGAAGGUCCUCGGCUCAGAGUGUCAACAAUGGGGUCCUGAGCGAGGCUACGGAGGACAACCUCAUAGACCUCGGCCCGGGAUCCCCAGCGGUGGUCAGCAACAUACCCAACGCAGCCCCAACCGGCUUGCCCCCCUCCAUCACAGCCCCCGCGGGAAGGCCCUCCUCCCCGGCCACCUUGGCCUCCCGCCUGGCCGUCCUCGACGUGGGCGCUGACAGUGUGAGCAGCACCCUGAGCUCCCUGUCGAGCUGUAAGCCUCCGCCGGGUCAGGAUGACUUUGAUGUGUUUGCUCAGACGAGGACCGGCGCUCUGCCUGAACCGCGCAACACUCUCAGCUCUGCGGCGGAGGACGGGAACGCCUCCGACGACCUUCCUCCAACUCUGGAUGUCCAACAGCCGACGGCAGGAGCGGGAGUCGGAGGUCAGUCCUCUGUCAUGGAUGACAUAGAGGAGUGGCUGUGUACUGAUGUGAAAGGGGAUGAAGGUGAAGAAGGCGUGACCAGUGAAGAGUUCGACAAGUUCCUCGAGGAGAGAGCCAAAGCUGCGGAGAUGGUCCCCGGCCUGCCGUCGCCCCCUAGUGGCGAGCCGGGCCGCAGUGCAUGGAACGCCCAGCCGCAAGAAGCCAGAGAGGCCGGAGGACGCUUUGUUCGCCAUGUAGACCGUCCAUCGUUUAGACCUGAUCUCCAGCCGAGCAGCAUCGCCCGAGGACAGCCUGACCCGACACUAAAACACACCCGCCUCCGUUCUGAUUCAACACUACGCCGUUACACAGCAGAGAUUUCUACGUGCUCUCCUUCUAAAAAAAAAAAAAAAAAAAAAAAAAAAGGGAAUCGUUCAUGUGCUCCGUUAAAUCCUCACAAGAAAGAGAAAAGCAAACACAUGGCCUGUUCUGAUGCGACGAUGGAUCUCACCCACACGAUGUCAGAGACUACGAGGCAGCCCGCUUCCUCCUCCUCCUCCUCACGUGUGACGAAUCUCCCGCCGCCUGCUGUGGACCGCAGAGCUUCAUGCUGCAGCUCAUCCUACAAAUAGUUUUAUAAAAGAGUUCUGCCGUCGACGCAUGCAUUACCACCACCGAACGUGAUCAUUUAAGUUGUUACCAUUAUAGAACCCCCCCCACCCCCCAGCAGUGACGUUAUGCUGAGCAUACCUCCCAGGAGAUUGUUUUGCUGUUUGUAUCUUCGCAAGUCAGUCCGAGUUGUAAAUCUGUAAAUGACAAAUGUCAAGUUUAUUAGUCGUGUGUAUAUUGAAGCUACAGAUGUUAUGAGAUUUAAUGUAGAGAAGGGUUUAUCUUCCAGCUGCUCUGAUAGGGGGGGUCAGCUCACGGGGGUCAGCUCUCUCACACGAUGAGGGAAUAGUAUACAUUUGAUAAUAUACCAAACUAAUUUAAAAGGAAGGAGAAGGGAAUGUAGUGUUUUCUGAUGGGCAUAAUGGCGCACCACACCGACAGAUGUGUCCUUCCCCCUCCUCUCAAGUCACAUGUUGUUGUUCCUGUUCGACGAACCUCAGUUGUUGUUAUUGAGAUUAUUUUGCAGAGAUUUUAUUCACCUGAAGCUGCUGUUUGAAUAUCUUGCAGGUAGAUAAUUCCAUCUGCCGGGAAAAAGAAAAAAAAUGGCGUCUAAUUAUCCUCGUUUUAUGAAAUCAUCUUUUUUGCUGAUACUGUCGCACGACGCCACUGACUGACGACACGCUGUCAGCUGUGACUUUAAGUAUUUAAAGGAUCAACAUUGUGCUUUUUCUUCUUCUUGGAUAAUUAUCUUUACACAUAAUCUACUCUUUGAGUCAGAAGUUUAAUCUCCAGGGUCGUAAUGAGAAUUCAAUAUCGCACCACGGGAGCCGUUUGCACAUCAUCGUUGUGCGUCGCCUCCUUUAUUUCUCCACGCCGACAUCCUUAAAAAGGCCUGACCUUUCACCGUGACAUUUGUUUUCAGAAAACGAGCCGGCUGCAGACGUCGUGCUUCAAAUGAGACAUUUUGCUCUCUCGACACUAUUAAACGCAACAUGUUACACAAUCACGACAAGCGUAGGAACAAGCGUGCACUUUGGCAGGCGCAUUACCUUUUCAACCUGUGCGUCAGAUAACCACGUUAUUAUAAUUAAUGAGUUGUUCCGAAGUGUAGAAAUAAUUUAUUCAGCACUGUUUUUUCUUUGUUUUCAGUAUUUUAAAUCAUUUUAAUUGUGCAAAAGAAAAAUGGGGAGAAAUUGUCAUAAUGGCGUUUUUGGGUGUUUCUGUUGCUUGAGUUCAGAUUUGUUUGUUUUUGUACGUUGCUGCUGGCUAAUGUUUCAUGCUUAUGUUUAUUAUGUGGAUGUUCUGUUUGUCCAUAUGGUCAAAAUAUGGACGUAUAUAAAAAAAAAAAAAGGCACUCCAUGGGGAAUCACAUUUAUCUUCAUGAAGGAUAUUUUUAAUAGCUUCACUCAAUCCUGUCAGUCGAAGCGUCAACAUUGCACAUUUUGAAAGGGAAUCCUUCUUCCUCCGUGUGUGUGUGUGUGUGUGUGUGUGUGUGUGUGUGUGAGCUGUUCUGAAACGCAGAAACAUUUUAUCUCAGUUGAUUUGAAGAAAGAAAAAAAAGCAGCCUCCACAUGUGUGUUUUAAAGAAUACAUGUGGUUUGAUAGCGCCCAGGUUCAGCCUGCUUUAUAUCGGUGUGAGCUCGUCGGUGAUUUGUAACUGAAUCUCAAACCCAAGACUUUGCCAGAGUCGUCUGAGACCAGGGGAACACAACGUUUCUUUGUGUGUCACUGGACGAUGUGAAAGAGAUGCUGAGGGGAGGCCGUGCUGUGCGACUGCUACUUUCCUGAGUUGCCUCAUCGCUGGUUUCUUUGUGUUGUUUGACUCCUGCAUGAACUCUAAUAAAACAUUAGCAGUG